UUCCGAGACACAGUUUGGAAAGAGCGUUUCGAAGUCUCAUCCAUGGCUACUCUGUGGUCAAAGAUCUCUUCAGUUCUGCCUCUUGAUGAAGGAAAGUUCCCUCUGCAGUUCCGUGACUCUGUGGAUCCGAGCGUGGUGGAAGUCCUGAGCCAAUGCAGGCAGCAGCUUUACAACGACAAGAGGACCACAGGCCUCUCACUUCACGCUCAGAUCGUUCUGGAUAUAUCCUGGGAGAAGCUGAACACUGGAACAUGGCGAGAUAUUGACAAGGAGUGGAGGCGCGUUUACUCUUAUGGCUGCUUGUUUAAAGUAGCCGCUCUGUGUCGAGAGGAUUCCACGGAAGAAACUGUCCGUCAGGCGAUUCGAGCUUGUGACAUGGGCUUACUCAUGGGUGCAGCCAUCAUGGACGAUGUGCUCCAAGCUCUGGUUCGGAUCCUGAACAAAGAGCUCCCAAAGUGUUCGACAGAAGAGGCUGUGAAGGCAAAGAGAGUAAAGUUGGAGUGUGCUAGCAUCCCUGUCAUCCCAGAGAACUUGUCAGUUCCCAGGAUCAACUGUCCGUCUCUGGAAACCUUCAGGAGGAACUACCUGUUGCCACUCAAACCAGUUAUUUUGGAGUGCGUCAUCGAUCACUGGCCCGCCCUGAACCAGCACCCUUGGAGCAUAAAAUACCUGAGGUCUGUUGCUGGUUGCCGGACUGUUCCUGUCGAGGUGGGCUCCAGGUACACGGACGAGUCCUGGUCUCAGACGCUGCUCACGGUCAACCAAUUCAUCGACCGAUUCAUUGUAAACAAAAACGAAGCCUCGCCAGGAGAGGAGAGGAAUUCCGGCUACCUCGCUCAGCACCAGCUCUUUGAUCAGAUACCGGAGCUGAAGGAAGACAUCCGUCUCCCUGAAUACUGCUGCCUCGGCGAGGGAGAGGAGGACGAUAUUACAGUAAAUGCCUGGUUUGGACCCGGAGGUACCGUGUCACCACUCCAUCAAGACCCACAACAGAACUUCUUGGCGCAGGUGGUGGGGAGCAAAUAUAUCCGUCUGUAUUCUCCAGACGACACCGACAAGCUUUACCCUCAUCCGUCACCGCUGCUGCACAACACCAGUCAGGUGGAGGUGGAGAAACCUGACGUUGUGAGGUUCCCCGAGUUUUCCAAAGCGCCCUAUUUGGAGUGCGUGUUGCAGCCCGGAGACAUGGUCUUUAUCCCAGUGCAGCACUGGCACUACGUCCGGGCUCUGCAGCUCAGCUUCUCCGUCAGCUUCUGGUGGUCGUGAUGAACCCUUGACUCUCCAAGGACUGUUUCUUAUCUGAAUGCACUGUUGUUUCAUUAUAUCAACUUUAUUCCUGUUCCCUGGCAGAACAUGCUGUGCCCUUUACACACAUGUGUUGGACUUGGACUGCUCUGUCCUCCAGAUCAUGAAGUUAGAAGCUUUGAGUUGAAAAAUGUUUCCAAUGUAAAAAGUCUGAGGUUUCAUGAAACAGUGUCCUGAUUUUUAAAGGCCACCAGAUGGCACUGUCUACUGCAACUAAUUCAUUGAAACCUCACAUCAUUUCUAAACUAAGAACGCCAUCUAGUGAAGAAGGACCCUGCACUACUGUUUCAUGAUGCCUCAUCUACCAAUUACUGAUUUCUGAGGUUGAAAAUCAUAACUUUAGCACUUAAAAGCCAGAAUUUAUAAGGAUAAACAAGAAACCUAGGUUUAUAUUGGUUGUAAUAGCCCUAAAACUAUUGAUACUUUUUUAUGUAAUACGAGUCAUUUUCUAUUUUCAAGUCAACAAUCUGAUCAAUUGUCUGAAAAUAAUUUCCAAAUUGAAAAUAAUGUAGGUUUCUAAGGGCAGACCUUGAGUUUGUGAGUCAGACUGUCUGGUUUGAAGGACUUGAAAAGCCAGAAUUUGGAAUUCGGACUUUGAUAUUUAAGUCAUUAUAUCUGAUGUAAAAGGACGUUGUACUUUGCGGAAUUGUGCUUCUGUCUUCCUAACAAGCUUCACCAUUGGUCAAGAUUGAUGCACAGAUCACCCAGGUUUAGGCGACCAGUAUUUCACGAGGCUUCAUGAAACAGUGUCUUUAUUUUCUGAGCCUAGAAGAUGACACUCCAGGUUUAGAAAUGACGUGAGGUUUCUCUGAAUUGGUUGUUCAAAUCCUAAGAUUUUUAGAGCAGACAGCGCCAUCUAGUGGGCUCCGAAUAGAUGACACUGUUUCAUGAAGCCUCACACCUCAUAAUAGUUUCAUGAAACACUGUUCUCAUUUUGGCACAAAAAUAUUUGGAUUUGAACAACUACUUCAAGACAAACUCAUAUCAUUUUAAAACUGCGAGCGCCACCUACUAGGCUCUGAAAAUAAGGAUCCUCAAUUCAUGACCUUCUUCCAAUACACACACACACACACACA